GGCUACACAAUCAUUCCGCUGGGUUGAGAGCGGCCACGGGACCUACUUAUAUGGGCCGGAGUACCUGUCGAGAGUUUUCCAGCCACCUCGCCAGUCGACCUCGCUGGUUGCAUUGGGGCAUUGCUUGGGUGCUUUGCUUGGAUAGACCAGGAGUCCCACGUUUACAGACCUCACAAGCGAACAUGAUGGUUUACACAGUCGAAAGCUUAGUCGAGUUCUGAAAUGGGCGGUGAUGAGCUGACUGGCCAGAAGGCAGUCCUCUAUCAUUCUCACAUGCUAAGUAAUCGAUGGCAGGAUCAAAGGCGUCUUUGCGGCCAUCUCUCGGCGUCAGCGUCAGGGGUUUACAAGGAGCCAGGGUUGGCUGAGUCAGAGAUUUCACUGCUCAUUGCCUCCCCCACAGACAAGAUUUCCAUGAACGUAUGGAGUAGUACUUCAGUUCCCACAGCAACGCCAUGUGAAGAACCAAUUUCCCAAGAAUCUCUGAUUUACCGCCAAGCCGGUCCGAAUCUACCAAGUACCAGGAUCCGCCCUUUUGAGUACCGGAGCCUUGAUCCACCAAUCACGAGAAGAGAAAUGAUCGCGCUCAGGUACCCUCUGCACCAGCAUUCCCCGUGCAACGUGAGGUGCAUUUGUUGUGGUGGUACGCUGGCCCCUGCGUUUCAAGGACAUUCCAGAGGGAGGGUUGGGGGAUGGGAUCGGGGCGGAAAUCAGAUCCGCUUCGGGGUUGCGGGAUCAACCUUCACCUAGCUGAAUUGGGUUGCCAUCUAUUCACAACGGAGACGGUUGCAUCGGAGAGGUCCCGCUGUGGCGCCCUGGUCACGAGAUUUUGGCAAUGAUAGACAGAAGAUCGCAUUAAUGCAGAGAUGAUAUCACCUCGGCUCUCCUGGUCAUGUGUCAGUCUGCCUGUCGAAUGGUGGCUGCAAGCAAUGUUGGUGACCGCAACGGCCGCUUCGGCAUCCUCUUCUUACUCGUACCUCAAUCGCUGAGAUCACUAAUCUCCAAGAGCAACCCGAGGGAGUCGACCUGGUCAACGAGGCC